AUGCCUGGAAGCCAGCCGAAAGCCAAAUCUCACCUGUUCAUCCAUGCGACCAUCGUAACAGUCAACAAGAGCAGAGAUGUCAUCCUUGACGGUGCACUGCUUGUCGAAUCUGGUCGCAUCAAGGCCAUAGGGAAGACAGCAGAGCUUCUACAGCAGUCGCAAGGAACAGGUUCCAGUGUGGAAAUAACCGAUUGUACAAACCAAAUUAUCAUUCCAGGACUCAUCAAUACACACGCACACCUGGCACAGUCAUUGCUGAGGGGGCUUGCAGAAGACUUGCCGCUUCACGAGUGGCUGUGCGAUGCGAUCUGGCCAAUGGAAGCGAACUAUGACGAAACGGACGGCUAUGUCGCGGCACUGGUGACAAUCGCAGAAAUGUUGAAAACGGGGACGACUUGCUUUCUAGAAGCUAUGCUCACGCAUCGGAGCGGUCUCGAAAAUAUCGUGCAGGCUGUCGAAGAAACCAGAAUCCGCGCAUGCCUGGGAAAGCUCAUCAAAGUGACCGAGACAAAUUCGGAUCUAAAGCUGAAAGACGCGAGAGACCGCGACGUCUCUUCCAUGUCCAUUUCCUCAGCUCUCAAUACUCAUAAAGUGCAUCAUGGGUCGAACAAUGACCGUUUGCAUAUUUGGUUUGCAGCUGGUACACCGAGAGGAUCGCCCAGUUCUGCGCACACAGCAAUAGGGGAGACUGCGAAGAAGCACGAUAUCGGCCUCACUAUGCAUUGCGCUGAGGCACCGAAAGAUCUUCCUAUUUACCGCCAGUACUACGAUUGCAGUCCGCUGCAGUUCUGCAAGGAUACUCAGUUGGUUGGCGAAAAGAGUGUCUUCGCGCAUGUCGUUCAUCCAGAUGCGAAAGCAGGCGAUCUUGACAUCCUCCGCGAAAGCAAGAGCACAGUAUCUCAUAAUCCAACGAGCAACCUCAAGCUCGGCUCUGGUGUGUGUCCAAUCCCAGACAUGGUAGAAGCAGGUGUGAACGUCGCGCUCGGCACCGACGGAGCGCCUUGCAACAACACGUACGACAUGUUCCGCGAGAUGCAUCUGGCUUCAAUACUUCACGGUGGUGUCAGAGAAACCGCAGGGCUGCUAAGUGCGUACCAAGUGCUCGAAUUUGCGACCAUCAAUGGCGCCCGUGCGCUAGGGCUUGAUGGCGACAUAGGAAGCUUGGAGGUGGGAAAGAAGGCUGACAUUGUGCUGGUGGCACCCAAGGGCGCAGCAGUCGCGCCAUGGGAUGCCUCGCAGAUAAGCACUGGUGGUGUAGAUCCAGUCUCGAUCGUUGUUCACAGCGGUGGUGAUAAUGUCGACUCUGUCCUCGUGGACGGUGAGUUUCUUGUAAAAGGUGGUAAGUUGCUGUACCUCGAUGAGGCUGCGGUCGCGGAGCGGGCCAGAGAUUCCGUGGCUGGUAUCCGCAGUAGGAGCGGAAUUACUGCACGAAACCACCAGAAGCUACAUUACAUAUAA